AUGCUCCUCGACUGGCUCAGUCUCGGGCACCUCCUCCUCUCGCUCUUCCUCAGUGGCCUCCAACGCCUUUGGCGCUUCAACAUGGACCUCGGUGUCUCGCUGCUGCCAGCGCCGUUAUCACUCAGAACGGCCGCUUUACGUCGCGUUGCGUUCGGGGACCUCAUGAGCUCCAUCUAUCCCCACCCGGUGCUGCACACCGACUCCACAGCGAUCGAAGCAGACAUCGCGGACCUUCGUCGCCCCUCGACCCCCGAGACCAUGGCCUGCCCCGGCGUCCGCAUGAGCGCGUCGCUCCUGCCGCUCGUCACCGCCUACUAA